GUAAAAUGUUAUUGUAUCCAAAUGGGAAAAAAAGUUUUAUUAUAAUUAGAAAUGGAUCGCUCUGCCUUGACAAGCUGCGGGAGGUGAGCGCCAGGGGGCGCUCGCGGGUAGCGUGAGGCGCCAACGCUGAUGGCGGGGCUGAGCAUCGGGCCUGGUCUCGUCUCGGCAUGAUAGCGGUGCUCAGGCGAAUGAUGAGCAGCGUUGUGGCUCGCCGGUUGCAGGCCCGUCAGGUGCUGUGCGUGGCCGAGAAAAAUGACGCGGCUAAAGCCAUUGCGGAGAUCAUGUCGGCCGGACGCUUCCGUAGGAGAGAAGGGCUUUCAAAAUUCAACAAGAUCUAUGAAUAUGAGUGUAAUCUGUUUGGUCAGAAUGUUGCUAUUGUGAUGACUUCUGUCUCAGGUCACUUACUUGAGAUGGAAUUUAAAGCACCUUUUCAGAAAUGGUGCAGCUGUAACCCUGUGACCCUUUUUGAAGCUGAGAUCGAGAAGUAUUGCCCGGAGAACUAUGUGGACAUUAAGAGAACCCUGGAGCGAGAAGUGAGGAAAUGUCAGGCUCUGAUCCUUUGGACUGACUGUGAUCGUGAAGGGGAGAACAUUGGAUUUGAAAUAGUUCAUGUGUGUAAAGCAGUGAAGCCCAACCUGCAGGUGCUCCGAGCGCGGUUUUCUGAGAUUACACCUCAUUCCAUCAGACGAGCCUGUGAGAAUCUCGGGGAACCCGAUCAGAAAGUCAGUGAUGCCGUUGAUGUAAGGCAGGAGUUGGACCUUCGGAUAGGUGCUGCUUUCACCCGGUUUCAGACCUUGCGUCUACAGAAAAUAUUUCCAAAUGUGCUGGCAAAUCAGCUCAUCAGCUAUGGCAGCUGCCAGUUUCCAACACUGGGGUUUGUGGUUGAACGCUUCAAAGCGAUCCAGGCUUUUAUUCAGGAAAUAUUCUAUAAAAUCAAAGUUACUCAUGAGAAUGAAGAUGGUAAUGUAGAAUUUAACUGGAAGCGACAUCGGCUUUUCAACCACACAGCAUGCCUUGUACUUUACCAGAUUUGCAUGGAGGAUCCAGUUGCUACUGUAUUUGAUGUCUUUACUAAACCGAAGAGCAAAUGGAGACCUUUGCCUCUUGACACUGUGGAAUUGGAGAAACUGGCUUCAAAGAAGUUGAAGAUCAAUGCAAAGGAGACGAUGAGAAUAGCAGAGAAGUUAUACACACAAGGGUAUAUCAGCUACCCUCGUACAGAAACCAAUAUCUUCCCCAAAGACCUGAACCUCACCCUUCUGGUGCAGCAGCAAACCGUGGACCCGCACUGGGGGACAUUUGCUCAGGGUAUUUUGGACGGAGGUGGGCCAAGGCCUCGAAAUGGAAAUAAAUCUGACCAGGCUCAUCCACCAAUACAUCCAACUAAAUAUACUAACAACCUGCAGGGAACUGAGCAGCGUCUUUAUGAGUUUAUUGUCCGACACUUCCUAGCGUGUUGCUCCCAGGAUGCACAGGGACAGGAAACGACAGUAGAAAUUGACAUUGCAGGAGAACGUUUUGUUGCUCAUGGACUUAUGAUCAUUGCACGGAAUUAUCUUGAGGUUUAUCCAUAUGACAAAUGGAAUGCUAAGAUUAUACCAGUAUAUGAGAGAGGGAACAAGUUCCAACCCACCACUAUCGAGAUGGUCGAUGGAGAGACAAGUCCACCCCAGCUUUUGACUGAGGCUGAUCUUAUUGCUCUGAUGGAGAAGCAUGGCAUAGGGACUGAUGCCACUCAUGCAGACCACAUUGAGACGAUCAAAUCCCGAAUGUACGUGGGCUUGACUCCAGAUCAACGAUUCCUCCCAGGGGAAUUGGGAAUGGGUCUAGUGGAGGGGUAUGAUUCCAUGGGAUACGAGAUGUCCAAGCCAGAUCUACGCGCUGAGCUUGAGGCAAAUCUGAAACUGGUUUGUGAGGGGAGGAAGGACAAGUUUAGUGUGCUGCAAGAGUAUGUUCAGAAAUACAAGCAGGUAUUCAUCGAAGCCGUGACAAAAGCAAAGAAGCUGGAUGAGGCUCUGUCACAUUACUUGGGAGAAAGGACAGAAUUCACACAGUCUGAAGAGUUCUUGAUGGAGAUUUCAGAACCUGUUCGAAAAUGCCCCCAGUGUGCCAGGGACAUGGUUCUCAAACCAAAGAAAGAUGGAGGGUUUUACCUUUCGUGUACGGGGUACCCGAGCUGCAGGUCUGCAGUCUGGUUUCCUGAUUCUGUCCUUGGGGUCAACAGGGAUGACAGCAUUUGUCCCACUUGUAAACCACACCCAGUUCACAGGUUAAAGUUUAAGUUCAAACGAGGCAGUGUGCCUCCUUUAGUCCCCUUGGAGUUCGUUGGUUGUAUUGGGGGUUGUGAUGAGAUGUUGAGGGAGAUCCUGGACCUGAGGUAUUUACAUGGAGCGUCACAUUCAAACAGUCAAACUGCCAACCAAUCGUCACAGAACAGAACAGAGAAUCAGCUGCGGGAUCGCGUACAUAGUAGGAACAACAAUCCAGAUCUGGCUGUGCCAACUGUGUCCAUGGGCCGAGUAUCCAGGACUGUACAAUCAGUGCUGGCAAGUGAUGAUAAUGUAGUUGUGUGCAACUGUGGCCAAAGUGCCCUGCUUCUGACUGUCCGCAAGGACGGACCAAACCAGGGACGGAAGUUCUACAAGUGUAGUGUGGGCACAUGCAACUUCUUUCUGUGGGCUGAGCAGGAUGUUGAAGAAUCGGGAAGUUGUGGAGGAGCCGUCAGCAGAAGGAAUGUGACCCCAGGUGCCGGCUAUUUCCGUCAAGCUGAGAGCAGAGGGACAUCUGGCAAAGGGGAAGCAGUGUGCAUGUGCAACCAGCCAGCUGUCACACGCACAGUACAGAAAGACGGACCCAACAAGGGACGGGCAUUCCACACCUGCUCCAAACCCAGAGAACAGCAGUGUGGCUUCUUCGAAUGGGCUGAUGAGAAUGCUUUACGUGGUUCAGUAAGUAAUCGGCGGGAUGGAAAUUCUUUUCAGAAUGGUCCCACAGCAAAGAAGCCACGGACCUGUGGGUUGUGCCAUCAGCCGGGACACACCAGGACAAAGUGCCCCCAAAACCGGUGACUCUUCUUAUCCUCACAUCAGUGAUAUUUUAUCAUAAGCUGGAGGGCUGCCUGCAGAGAAAUCCAUCAGCUUCAUCAAAGUUCUGAUCUUUCUCACAAAAACUAACCAAGCCCUUCAUAAGGAGCUCUACAUUCUGUUAUAUUGAAUGUAGAGUUUUGAGAGCUCUUGUUCAAAGAGGGACGGUGAAUUACAUGCGCAGUGUCAUCUCAUGUGCUGGAUCCAAAGAGAUAAAGAAUGAAAUUCAUUACUUAACACUACCUUCAGAUGCAGCUGCUCUGUAUCCUCCAUUGCUGGAUUUUAUUCUUGGAAUAACAUUGCAACUUCUGUCAAACAAAGUUUUCUGGAGAUGGUACAUUUUAGAAUUUGGAAAUGGGAGGUGUGGAGGAGCUCUGAGGAACAGUACUUUAAAAGUUAGUUGGAUGCUCAGGAUUUAAUUUUUGAUUUCAACUUCUUGAAUUGAGAAGAUAACUUUUGGUUAUGUCACAGGGUUAUUUGAGAGUUUAAGUUCCAGUACUGGGGCACGGUACUAAUUCAUUAUCUAAAUAUUGUAGGUACAAAAGUCUAUAGUAACUAAGAGUAGAUGCAGGGGUUCACUGUAUAAUUCAAGAAUGUAACACGAGUGGGAAUGAUCUAUCAUAGUGUGACAUGAGGCUGCUUUAACAGUGUGAACAUCUCUGUAACCUACAUAUUGGGUAUGUGCAUUGAGCCAUGGACAAACGUUGUACUAUAGAGAAGAAAGUUCUUGAAGAGUUGGAAUUGUAUGAAAUCCAGAAUAUACUUAGACAUUUGAGAAUUAAACUUA